GCGCCCGAGGGGCUGAGGCGGCGCCGCGCUGCCGCCGCCUGGACACGUUCCCAGUCGCCGCCGCUCACCUGCAUAGCCUUUAUGGAUCGCAGCUCGAAGAGGAGACAAGUGAAGCCUCUGGCGGCUUCCCUGCUGGAAGCUUUAGAUUAUGAUAGCUCUGAUGACAGUGAUUUUAAAGUUGGAGAUGCUUCAGAUUCUGAAGGAAGUGGUCAUGGAAGUGAAGAUGCAUCAAAGGACAGUGGAGAAGGUUCCUGUACUGAAUCAGAAGAAAAUAUCUUGGAGGAGGAACCAGCAGAAGAGAAAGUAGAAGAGCAACAGCCAAAGAGCUCUGCUGAAGAAGUGCCGACAGCAGACAAAGAGAUAAUUAAAACUGAAAAGAAAGAGCAAGAAGAUGAAGAAGAGAAGCCAAAAAAGAAGAAAGAAAAAGAGAAAGCAGCUGAAACUGAUCCUGUGGCUGAUGAACAAGCAAGUGAACCAAAAAAAUGGAAUUUGCGCAGGAACCGACCAUUACUGGAUUUUGUGUCAAUGGAAGAACUAAAUGAUAUGGAUGAUUAUGAUAGUGAAGAUGACAACGACUGGCGGCCUACUCCUGAGAAGAAAAAAGGGAAAAAUGCACUGCGAAAAGAAGGGAGUGAUGGAGAUAAUGAGGAUGAUGAAGAUGAUGGGAGUGGAAGUGAUGAGGAUGACAAUGAUGAGGAAGGUAACGAAGAAGAUAAUAGCAGCACAGCUAGUGAUGGAGGAUCCAAGAAGAAGAAGAGUAAAGUUCUUAACAGAAAUAAUGCAGAUGAUGAGGAACUGACAAAUGAUAGCCUGGCUCUUUCACAAAGCAAGAGUAAUGAGGACUCCUUGAUCCUUGAGAAGUCCCAAAAUUGGAGUUCCCAGAAAAUGGACCAUAUUUUGAUUUGUUGCGUUUGUCUUGGAGAUAACAGUGAAGAUGCUGAUGAAAUAAUCCAAUGUGACAACUGUGGAAUAACAGUGCAUGAAGGUUGCUAUGGUGUUGAUGGAGAGAGUGAUUCUAUCAUGAGCUCAGCUUCAGAAAAUUCCACUGAACCCUGGUUUUGUGAUGCAUGCAAAUGUGGUGUCACACCUAGUUGUGAACUAUGUCCUAACCAAGAUGGGAUCUUCAAGGAGACAGAUGCAGGCAGGUGGGUCCAUAUUGUUUGUGCCCUCUACGUUCCAGGAGUGGCAUUUGGAGAUAUUGACAAAUUGCGGCCAGUAACGCUUACAGAAAUGAAUUAUUCAAAGUAUGGUGCCAAGGAAUGCAGUUUUUGUGAAGAUCCUCGUUUUGCCAGAACUGGAGUAUGCAUCAGUUGUGAUGCUGGGAUGUGCAGAGCUUAUUUCCAUGUGACCUGUGCUCAGAAGGAAGGCCUGCUCUCGGAAGCAGCGGCAGAAGAGGAUAUAGCUGAUCCUUUUUUUGCUUAUUGUAAACAGCAUGCGGACAGAUUAGACAGAAAAUGGAAACGGAAAAACUAUUUGGCAUUACAGUCUUACUGUAAAAUGUCCUUGCAAGAAAGAGAAAAGCAGCUCUCGCCAGAAGCUCAGGCUCGAAUCAAUGCCAGACUACAGCAGUAUCGUGCCAAGGCAGAGCUGGCUCGUACCACCAGGCCACAGGCCUGGGUUCCCAGGGAGAAGCUACCACGACCACUCACUAGCAGUGCUUCAGCCAUUCGCAAGCUUAUGCGCAAAGCUGAAUUAAUGGGAAUUAGUACAGACAUUUUUCCAGUUGAUACUUCAGAUACUAGUUCCAGUGUUGAUGGAAGAAGAAAACAUAAACAACCAGCCCUCACUGCUGAUUUUGUCAAUUACUACCUUGAGAGAAAUAUGCGCAUGAUUCAAAUCCAGGAGAAUAUGGCUGAGCAGAGGAAUAUCAAGGACAAAUUAGAAAAUGAGCAAGAAAAGCUUCAUGUGGAGUAUAAUAAGCUUUGUGAAUCUUUGGAAGAGCUACAAAAUAUGAAUGGAAAACUACGAAAUGAAGGGCAAGGCAUUUGGGCUCUGCUGGGUAGAAUCAUUGGACAGAAAUUGAACAUACCUGCAAUUUUGCGUGCUCCUAAGGAAAGAAAACCAAGUAAAAAGGAAGGGGGAACACAAAAGACAUCUACGCUCCCAGCUGUACUUUAUAGUUGUGGAAUUUGCAAGAAGAAUCAUGAUCAGCACCUACUAUUACUGUGUGACACUUGUAAACUCCAUUAUCACCUUGGUUGUCUGGAUCCACCUCUUACAAGGAUGCCCAGGAAGACCAAGAACAGUUACUGGCAGUGCUCAGAGUGUGACCAGGCAGGUAGCAGUGACAUGGAAGCUGAUAUUGCCAUGGAAACCUUACCAGAUGGGACCAAAAGAUCACGGAGGCAGAUUAAGGAACCAGUGAAAUUUGUUCCUCAGGAUGUGCCACCAGAACCGAAGAAAAUUCCAAUCAGAAAUACGAGAACUAGAGGACGAAAACGAAGCUUUGUGCCAGAUGAAGAAAAACCUGAGGAACGGAUUCCCAGAGAAAGAAGACAGCGGCAAUCUGUUCUGCAAAAGAAGCCCAAAUCAGAGGACUUAAGAACUGAAUGUGCUACGUGCAAAGGGACUGGAGACAAUGAAAAUCUAGUCAGAUGCGAUGAAUGCAGACUCUGUUACCAUUUUGGCUGUUUAGACCCUCCCUUGAAAAAGUCUCCAAAGCAAACUGGCUAUGGAUGGAUCUGUCAGGAAUGUGACUCUACAUCUUCCAAAAAGUUUCCAUAGUACUGCAUUCUCUUCUGUCAUCACCUUAACCUGGCAAGAAAUACUAUGUACUUAAUUUUUAAAAUUGGAUUUACAAAUUCAUCUGGUACAUCAAUGUUUUGUUGGUUUUUUAAAAUUUAUUUGUUUGUUAAAAACAAAAAAAAAUUAAAUCUGGAAUUUUAGUCUGUUCUGCUACUUUCUUGGUGUUUGCAGAAUAUUUUCAACUAAAAAGGACACAGCUAUUGCAGAGGUGCUGUCAUAAGUUAUGUGUUGGCAUAUGUGGAUGUUCCUCUAGAGAAGCAGAUACCAAAUGUACAAGUAUAGUUUUUGACUUGCGACUAGGAAGAAAUGGUUCUCAGUUUCAUGCGGUGGGGGAGUUAAUUUAAUUCUUCUGUAAGGAAAUAUGAAGACAACCAUCGGAAAUUAGCUGUCCACUACAUUUUGGACAUCAAGAACUCUCUCUUGAGUACCACUUACAUGGAAUGGACAUUCCAAGAGUGAAUUGAAAUUAUUGAAGUUUUGUUACCUGCUUAAACCAAAACAGGUCCUUGAUAAUGUUGGAAUUUCCAUCUCCAAUUUGCUUGACUUCUUCUGAGUAAACAAACUCAAAAAAGCAGAGUUUGUAACUUCUUCAGGAGAUUAGAACGUUAUGUACCAGAUAAAAAAUAUAAAAUACUUUAUUGUGUAAACUAAGUAUGAUUGACAUCAUUUUAGUACAGGGCAUGUGUUAAUUUUAAAUUGAAAACCACAGUGUUUUGAAGAGUAAAUGAAAUUUACUGUUAGAUUGACAAUGUAUUUUGUAUUAUGUUAGUGAUACAAAUUAAAAAAAAAAAAUGCUUGUUAUUGUAUCUGAUUUUCUUUUUCAUUCCGUAGAGACUUCUAAAUGAGUAUAUUUAAAUAAUAAAGUCAUUUGCACUUUCAAAUUUAAGCAAUUUGAAUGGUAUUUGAAUGAAAAUGGAUAUGAAAGGUGCUGAAAAAUUGUCUUAUGAGGACUCCUUGUGGUUUUGGGUAGCCACUUUCAGAUCGCUUUUUCACAAAGCUGUACAGAGAAAUGCUCUGAAAAAGCUGCAUUUUUCUCUCUGUUUUAAAGUAUUUUUCUAGAACAUUUGCAUGAUUUUACUCUAUAAUGUGUUACAAAUUCAAACACUUUAAUACUGAGUUACACUCAUUGCAAACCUUCCUUAAAGUGAAUGUGGUUUUAGGGGGUUAGGGCUUUCUUUAUGUACUUCAUCAUUUUUGCAUUCAGUUUUCUAUGUGGUUUUACUAUUGUGUUAUCUAUCACAAUUUGAUGAGACUUUUUCUGCCCCUUGCUAGAGGGAGUAGUCCCUCAGCAGUGUAUUUAGAGAUAGGGAGAGGAAAGCUGUAGAGAAGUUUGCUUGUUUGCUGCACUCUGCCUGACCUAUGGAUGAAUUGCAAGCUUGAGCUCCCAGCAAUUUCAAUCUCUCAGUCACUUACUAAAUCCAAUUUUUGGUAUGUCACAGUGAAGUUUCUAGUACGGAUUAUAGCAGCAAAAUAGGAUUGAAUUUCCAGCUUUUGCCAAGGAGACUAUUGUUUAGUUUUCAUUCCUUCAAUGUUUUUCAUCUGCUAUGAUCCAAUUUAAAUCACUGUUAGCGUAUGUGUUUUAAAAUUCUGCAGUGAUGUCUUCUGCAGCAGUCUUGGCCCUUGGAAACAAUUGGUAAGUAAAUUACACUAAUUCAGUGAAGAGAGGUAAUAGUGCAUUGCGUGUAAUCUUUAAUGGGUUUUUACUUACAAUUACAAGUUUCAAUUUUGUAUGUUCAGGAAGAUCUACAUAGCACUGGCAGCAAAUAAUGUAUUUUUAUUUUCUGCUUUUACUAAACACUUGUUGAUGACCAUGGUG